AAGAGGGUGAAGUUGCAGUUACACUCAAGUAGUUCACUAUAUUCUGAUCAUCACUUGAAAUGGCUAGGUGUAUGGUGUGGAUGUGUUACAUUGUGAUGGCAAUAGUAGGAAGCAGUUUAAUAGGAGCAACAGAAGGAGCAAGAGCAUUCUUUGUGUUUGGGGAUUCACUUGUGGAUAAUGGGAAUAACAACUUCUUAGCAACUACUGCAAGAGCAGAUGCUCCUCCUUAUGGCAUUGAUUAUCCAACUCGCAGACCCACUGGCCGUUUCUCCAAUGGCUUAAACAUUCCUGAUUUUAUUAGUCAGGCACUUGGUGCAGAACCCACAUUGCCGUACUUGGAUCCGGAGCUGAACGGAGAUAGAUUGCUCGUCGGUGCCAACUUUGCUUCUGCUGGCAUUGGAAUCCUUAAUGAUACUGGAAUCCAAUUUGUAAACAUCAUAAGAAUAUACAGGCAGUUACAAUACUUCGAAGAAUACCAGCAAAGAGUGAGUGCACUGAUUGGAUCUGAGGAGGCUCAGCGCUUAGUGAAUGGAGCGUUGGUGCUUAUCACUCUUGGUGGCAAUGAUUUCGUUAACAACUAUUAUUUGAUCCCUUACUCUGCUAGAUCCCGCCAAUACAAUUUACCUGACUAUGUUAGGUAUUUGAUAUCCGAGUAUAAGAAGGUUCUCAGGAUGUGCAACUGAUCUGCAAGAAGCUGCUGCAUUGUUUAAUCCCCAACUUGUUCAAAUUAUUGGUCAACUCAAUAGCGAAAUUGGUUCCAAUAUCUUCAUUGGAGCCAACACUCAACAAAUGAGCAAUAACUUCAUCACUAAUCCUACGGCAUAUGGAUUCGUUACAUCAAAAGUAGCAUGCUGUGGUCAAGGACCCUACAAUGGAAUAGGACUAUGCACAGUGUUAUCAAACUUGUGCCCAAACCGUGACGCAUACGCAUUUUGGGAUCCAUUCCAUCCAUCAGAAAGAGCCAACAGUAUAAUUGUUCAACAGAUCUUGUCGGGAACCACAGAGUAUAUGUAUCCAUUUAAUCUCAGCACCGCUUUGGCCUUGGACUCCAUGAAGAACUAGAUCAGAUAAUCAAGGGAUAUUUAUGUCAUUUUGUUUUAAUACUACUGUACUUUUAUAUGUAUGGGUUGUAGUAGCUAAUUUAAUUUUUUUAAGAUGUAUUUUUGCAUGUUGGAAUAAUAAUGCCUUGAAAAUUAGUUUCGAGCAACCGCAGCCAAAGUACUCUCCGGGUUAUGUCUACCGUAUAAUGUAUUUGAUUCAUGGAUGAAGAAGAAUUCUCUCAUUUGCAGCUUCA